CCCAACCAACAUGAAAGUCUUCGCUCCUCUUUCCGCGCUCGUCUUUGCGGCUGUCCAAGCCUCACACUCCGCCACGUGGAUGGGUGCCACCCACCACAUGCACUCGACUGCCGACGUUUGUGGCUCGGCGCACUUGAGCCAGUGUGACUUCCCCAUGUCUGGCCGUCGUCUCGAAGAGUCGAGUGACUCAAUCACUGUGUCCUCGACCUCGUUGGCGCAUUUGGCCAAGGUGGACGUGACCUUUCACGUGGCCACUGGGAACGCCACCGAUCGUGUGACGGCGUACUGCGCAAACAACGUCGCAGACACUGCGGACAGCGAGUACAUCGACUUCCAACCUGCCAGUGGCAACCCCAAGGCCACGCUCACGUUUGGCCCACUGCUCAACAUGCGCUGCGACUAUCAAUUCCGGUACCUCAAGAACCUGGGCAACAAGACGUUUCAAACCCUGGCGGUGUCGCCUGUUGUGAAGAUGGUACGUGGCAACACGGAGCCCCUCCAAGUGCACAUUGCCUUGACCAAGAACCAAGACGAAAUGAGCAUCAGCUGGACUAGCGACAAGGUGAAAUGCCCCACCGUGCGUUACUACACCGAGACCGACAGUCGCGAGUCGGACGAGUUUACCUAUGUGGCUGCCACAGGCGCUAGCUACACAGCGGCGGACAUGUGCUCGGCCCCUGCCAACAUCACGUCCGCCCAAUUGUACAUUCCGUCGGGGGUUCAUUACACCGGUGUGAUCAAGAACAUCCCCGCCGGCGCCACGGUGACGUACCAAGUAGGCAGCAACGCCUCUGGGUGGAGCAAAAUCAAAGAAUUUGUCAUGCCCGACUUGGCUUCGAAAGAAGCGUCCAGCUUCUUUGUAUUUGGCGAUGUGGGCACGUGGGUAACGGCCACCAACGGCACGGGUUUGCCGGGGCGGUCGGCGGGCACCCUGCAGCGCGUAGCCGACGACUUGGACCGGGGCGACCACAACUACCAGGCGGUGCUACACGUGGGGGAUUUGUCCUACGCUGACAGCAUCGGCUACGAGUGGGAGCAGUUUAUGUCGUUGAUCGAGCCCGUGGCAUCGCAGCUUCCGUACAUGGUGAGCGUGGGCAACCACGAGUACUGCUACUUGAACAGCACCAAAGCGAUCGACAUCUCGGGGGAAGCCAAGACGUUUUAUGCGAUAAAGCCCAAGGCGAGCUCGGGCGGCGAAUGCGGCGUCCCCACGGCCCUUCGGUUCAACGUACCCGACAAUGGCAACAAAGUAUUUUGGUACAGCUUCAACGCUGGGCUGGCCCACCACGUGGUGCUCAGCAGCGAGCACGACUUUAACGCUGGCUCGCGCCUCCGUAAAUGGCUCGAAGCGGAUUUGGCGGCGGUCGAUCGCACCGCGCUACCGUGGGUGUUUGUGCACUUCCAUCGGUCCAUGUACGUGUCCAUGAGCGGCACUUUCACCUACACCGACAUCCUCCGCCCUGCGCUGGAGCCGGUCCUCAAGAAGUACGCCGUCGAUGCCUUCUUCAGUGGCCACACCCAUGCGUACGAGCGCACGUGCCCCGUACUCGACCAAACGUGCGUGACAGGCCCCAACGGCGAGGCUAAAGGCCCCGUCCACAUCAUGAUCGGGUCCGCCGGCAAAGCACUCGACCCCGAGCCGUGGGAGAGCCGGGCGUGGUCGAUCAAACAACUGCGGACGUACGGGUACGGCCGUCUCCACGUGCACAAUGCCACCCACGCCCAAGUCGAGUUUGUGCUCAACGCGGAUGGCACGGUCGCAGACAAUUCGUGGAUUGUGUCCGACCACAAGUGGAACGUCGUCGCAUAAAUACAUGGAAGCUCGGCCAGUCGUUGUCUGAAGUACAGAGGACAAAUAGAUCCUUUGACGCGAUUGCUUGAAAUAUAUUUGCAGUGGACAAUUAUUCACGUGUACCAGCAACGUUAUAGCUCCA